AAUCACGUUAUCCCGAAUAAUUAGUAGGUCGUACUGAUAACAGAUAAAACAUGGCGGAUUCUAAACUAGACGAUAAUAUAAAAUGAACAUGUCAUCAGAGAGGUAAACACUGAAACGGAAAAUGACAGAUAUCGAAAGUAGAGUUCGUGACUCACGACAAGAGAUCCUUAGAUGUAUUAAGGAACCAGCAAUUGUCUCGUAUCUCCAAGCGUCAUCAGUCAUAUCUCCAGAGGAUGGUUCAAGACUUAAGACCAUGUAUCUUAGUGGGGAGACAACUAAAGCGGGAGAGGAAAUGUUAGAAUGCAUCAUUGACUCAAACGAGCCAGGGAAAUGGACGUCUUUUAUUGAGGCUUUAGAGAAUGCAGAAUAUCCAUACUUGAAAGAGUUGUUUUUGUGUUCUGAUUCUGAAGCUAAUAAUCAUCUCGCUGAACAUGCUAAGAAAGUAUUCCGUUUGUUUACACCGUCACUUGAAAAAAGUAUAAUUCCAUGCGAAUUGAUUCCCGAGCUACAUGCAAGAGAAGUUAUUAACAGGGAAGAUCGUGAUUUGAUAAUUGCAACUGAAAGGAACAGAGGCACCACUGCAGCUGCUGUUGUGCUACUUGAAAGAAUACAGUGUAGACUGUCUCCUGUAGAAUGGUACAGGGAAUUUCUAAGCGCACUUAUGAAGACCGGUAAUGAGCACCUGGUUCAAUAUAUGGAACCAGAUUUUGUAGCCGAUCCGUCAGCGUUUGGGCCAUUGCAGAGUACCAUUUCUGAAGGUAAACAUUUAAAUAAAACAAUUAACAUUAUUAGAUCAAAAGAUGUUUUUCUUGUAUAGGACUAAGCUUUAUAAUAAUGUGACGCAAUAAUUGAAAAUGAAGCAUUUUUGUCGAGCCCGCUUGCGGAAGCGAAGACAUAGUUGUCCAAAUGUCUGUUCGAUGUAUGUGCGUGAGUGCGUGCGUGCGGGGGUGCGUGCGUCUGUGCGUCCGUCCGGAUUUGUUUGUCCGGAUCAUAACUUUGACCUGCAUGGAGCAAUCUUGUUUAUAUUUGGUAUGAAUGUUAAUCUCAGUAAGACGGAGUGUCAUACGCAAACCCCAGGUUCCUAUCUCAAAGGUCAAGGUCACACUAACAGGUCAAAGGUCAAAUUCAAAAAUGACUUUGUCCGGAGCAUUUCUUCUUCAUGCGUGGAGGGAUUUUGAUGUAACUUGGCACAAUUCUUCACCAUCAUGAGACGGAGUGUCAAGCACAAGAACCAGGUCCUUAGGUCUAAGGUCAAGGUCACACUUAGAGGUCAAAGGAUACAAGAAUGACAACUUUGUCCGGAGCGUUUCUUCUUCAUGUAUGGAGAGAUUUUGAUGUAACUUGGCACAAAUGUUCACCUCCAUGAGAUGGAGUGUCAUGCGCAAGAACCAGGCCACUAGGUAUAAGGUCAAGGUCACACUUAGAGGUCAAAAGUCAGAUACAAGAAUGACUUUGUCUGGAGCAUUUCUUUUUGAUGCAUAGAGGGAUUUUGAUGUAACUUGGCACAAUUGUUCAUCAUCAUGCG